UACCACGAAUAUGACUAUAGAAAAAGAAACAUCCUAGAAAAUGAGGAGAAAGCGAGAACACAUAAGCAACUAGGAAGGAGGAAAAUAGACGUGCAAUUGAUUGUCUUCCUUGAACUAACUUUCCUUUCCCAUGUUGCAGAUGUCCCUUUAGAAUCUGGGAAAGGUUGUGACUUGUGGAGAUUCUCAAUCCAAGGAAAGGCAAAUCAAUCAUCAAUGGAGAAUAGAUAUGGUUUAGUCAGGCAGAGCAGUGGUUUGUGGAGAUGCUUGAGAGAUGGAGACUUUGAGGAAGAAGAUGUUUGGGCUGUUCUCAGAGACAGAGCAGAAGGGAAUUCAACUUCCUCCAUGGCUGACAAAUCCAAGGAAUCCUCUGUUUCUGUUCCUAGGCCAUUCCCAAGUGCUACAAGAAUGAUUCCAAGAGCUACUACAAGUAGCAGUAGUUGCAGUGACAGUUCCUCUCAUGAACCCAAAAUUGUUCAGCAAUCAGCACCUGUCAACAUUCAAAACUGGUCACAGAUUUCUGGACAGAAAUCAAAGAUGGCCUCCAAGAAUUCUUCAUGGCUUGAUCGUGAUGAUGAUGAUGAUUAUGAUGAUGGGGGGCAUGUGGGUGAGGACAGUGAUGAAGAUGACAACAAUUACAAGUUACCCCCACAUGAAGUGGUUGCUAGAAGGCUUGCAAGAAGUCAGAUAUCCUCUUUCUCUGUUUUUGAAGGUGUUGGAAGAACCCUCAAAGGGAGGGAUCUUAGCAAAGUCAGGAAUGCUGUUCUAACAAAAACUGGUUUUCUUGAAUCACCCUGAAGAAAGGGGGGAUCUCCAUGGCCAUGCAUUCAUCAUGCUAUAUUUAUAUUUCCAAUUUCUGUGAUUUUAAAAGCAUACAGGCUUGUGGUGGUUCCUUUAGUCUUAGACUCUUAGGUUGUCUUCUGCUUUGUGUUUAGGGUAUGAAAAAUUUAUUCUAAUGUGAAAAGGCAAUUGAUCCUUCCCCAUUCC